AUGCCGGUGCUCGGCCUGGGCGUGUGGCAAUCGAAGGAUGGAGAGGAGACGGAGAACGCCGUGCAGUGGGCAGUCAAGGCGGGGUACCGUCACAUUGACACGGCCGCAAUCUACCAGAAUGAGGAAAGUGUCGGCCGAGCCAUUGCGAAGUGCGGUAUUCCACGCGAAGAGCUGUUUGUUACCACAAAGCUAUGGAACACAAAUCAGGGAUACGAGAGCACACUGGCGGCCUUUGAGACGAGCCUCAAGAAGCUCGGGCUGAGUUACGUCGACCUCUACCUCAUCCAUUGGCCUGGCAAGGACAAGUAUCUAGACACGUGGAGGGCAUUCGAGAAACUCUAUGCGGAAAAAAAGGUUCGUGCCAUUGGUGUCUCCAACUUCCAGAAGUGCCACAUCGAGGACGUCCUGAAGCACUGCAAGGUGCCGCCGAUGGUGAACCAGAUCGAGCUCCACCCGCUGAACAAUCAGCAGGAGCUCCGUGAAUACUGCAAGAAGAAUAAUAUCGCCAUCACGGCCUGGUCACCUUUGGGGCAGGGCAACCUUAUUGCGGAUCCCAAGCUAAAGGCGAUCGGGGACAAAUACGGCAGGACCACCGCACAGGUCAUUCUGCGCUGGGAGAUUCAGCACGGAGUCAUCGCGAUCCCCAAGUCGGUGCACGAGGAGCGUAUCAAGUCGAAUUCAAAGAUAUUCGACUUUGAACUAAAACCGGAGGACAUGACGGCCAUUGAUGACAUGAACACCAACCACCGCUUUGGCCCGAACCCUGACCAAUUCAUGACGGGAUUCGAAUAG